AAUAAUUCUUUCGUAACAAUUCACGAUGUCCAUUUGUUAACCAGCAGUAGAAUCAAUGAUUCGUCAUUCAUUUUUGGGUGUUGUCAUUAGGUAUAGGUCUGGAAGAGACACCUAUGGAGACGAGGCGAUCGGUUAUGUGCAGUCAAAAAGAGAACGGGUUCUCUGUAUUGUAAAAGCCAGGAUUACGCCCGAACAUAGAGUUAAAAGUAAUCCGUGUCAUUGCAGUUUUGAAUGCGACGAAAAGGAGGAAACAGUUAUCAAGCUAGAAUGCAGUGGUUGUGCUGCACAAGAGGGUGGCUGUAAGCAUGGUGUAGCGCUAUUAAUGUGGCUGCACAGAAGAAGCGAAGAACCACCAUGA